UGCAAAAUGACAUGUUAGCAUGCACGUAUGUUUUCCGUAGCAAACGAAGUGUUUAGUACCAAAUAUAACUGUUUAUAUAUGUAAGAUAAACCUUCUGUGAUGCAAGUAUUGGAAGGAACAGCUUUGAUUUGAAGGAAGACGCUUCACAUGGAACAAUAGUUUACAAGUCUCUGGGAGUGUUAAGUAAACAAUCAAAGUUCUAUUUUGUACUGCUCUCUAGUUCAAAACGAAACAAGGAAGGUAAUUAUCAAUUUGCCAGACAUGUAAAACAAAUUGUGCAAUGAUCGUGAAAUGAUACCGAAACUAAUUAAAACUGACACAAAGGAAUACUAGUAAACUACUUAGGACAGUGAGAAACAAAUCCAUCAGGAAAAAUAAAAUUCACGGGACUAACAUGGCGCAUUUAUUGAAUAUAGAAACAAGUCAAACAAGACAGAAGUUGUGAUUGAACUGUCAGACAUCUACGCCAGACACAUUGAUCCCUGUCACAGGUAAGGGACACAAACUGUACACACAAUUAUAAUAAAAAAAUGGAAAGUAUAGAACCGAAUCCAUCUAAUUCAGUCAAAACAACAGGGACGCGUCAAGAGACAACACCGUUACUAGACCCGCACCCACAGUCGUGCAAACACCACAAGACAGAAGUUGUAAUUGACCUAGCAACAACCUACACCAGACACACAAUCCAUUCUACUGUUGAGGGAAUUACCGAACCAUUUGUACAUACAUCUGAGAAACACCCCUACUGCUUUGGAGUGGAUGCUGAAGGGACUUUUGCCUUAUUUGACAAAAAGGCACAAGACAAGUUAGAAGCAACCACUCCAAAUGGAAAGGAAACUCUGUUCUGCUUGAAUACCGUCAUGCAAUGCCUUCCAUACAAGCGCAAGCCUUAUCUUCGAUUUCCCGUUCCAAACAUACUGGGAUAUUGGCAACAGCUGUUGACAAUAUUUGCAUGUGUGUUUAAAUUCCAUUGCAAAGAAGUAGAAAAUUACAUAUUACAAACGCUUGAUGUUCAAAUAUCAAGUGGAGUCAUCCAAUGGGUAAUAAUACUUCCAGUUAGGACAUACGUACAAGGCAGAGCUACAAUCAGGAAAGCUGCAGAAAAAGCUGGACUCAACAAUGAUCGAUGUCGUUAUGUUUUCCCUACAGACAUUUUAGCUCUCCACAUUGCACAGCAUGGAAUUAGAAAUGAAUCAAAAUCCACACUUGAAAGGGAAAAUUCACACACAGCAUGUGUUUGUUUUGAGAGUGGAAUCAUUCAAGCAGGUAUAUAUGAAAUGUUUCAUGAUGGUACAAUAUGCAGCAAUGUUCUAAACAUGAAACAUAAUUUCGAGGGUGUAUCCAUAUUGGAUUACAUUGAGCAGAUUUUCUGUGAUGUAUUUUCAAUGGAUUUUAUUCAUUUGUACAUAGGAAAACACAUGCAUAACUAUCACAUUCUGAUCAGCGAUUUCGAGGAACAGAUCAAAGUGUACGAUAUCAACACUGCAGAAGUUAGUUUGCGAUCUGAACAUUUGGUACAAGAAGCACAGAAGUAUCAGUCUAAGCCAGUUGACGAACUAAUUUCAAAAUCAAAGUAUAGAGAUAUCUUGAGGUACAAUGAUACAACCUCAACACUGUAUCUGUCAAGAAAGGGGAUACAGAAGAUAUUCGAUGAAGCCCUAUCCAAUAUUGCUAUCAACUUGAAACCAAUAUUAGUAGCUGGGAACAUUUUUAAAUGUUACAUGUCAGGGGAGCUAAUCGAAAGUUCUUACUUUCAACAAAGAGUACAACAGGAAUGUCAAUAUAUCAACGAUAGCCUAUUAGGAGGCUUAGCAUGCAAAGAAGGAGAAACAGUUACAUCUGACUACACAUAUGGCCAUGUCGCUAUAGAGAAUUUCAAUGAAGAGUUCCACUUAGAGCAGUAUAAGACCCCGGACACUUCUGUUGAGGAAUGUGCAAUUUGGAUUUUUAAACCUCUGAUUAAAAAGGGGCAGCAGCUAACUGCUUCCAAUGAAUUUGUUUGGAGUGAAUCAGUUACUUUCAAUUCAAAACGAAGUAAAGAAACAGACCAUCAAGCUCUUGUAAUGAGAUCAAAAUGUGAAGAUCCAAAGUCUAUAGACGAAAAGGGAUGUGAAGUGGCAGCCACAGUAAAGGUCCAUCCUCCUCUUGAAGGCUGGCAAGAUGAAGUAGAGUUCAAGUUCAAACUCACUAUUACAGAAGACGGACCAAUGAUUGAAGCACUUGACAUGAAAUCAGACAAGCUUUACCCCGCUGAAUACAAACGGAGUAUCGAAAUGCUAAAGGGUCCAAAGUUGGACGCAAUGCAAAGCGCAAUGUUGACAGUAUUACAACCUGAUAGUAUUAAGAGAAGAGCAACAUAUACAUAUGGACUCAGCACUUAUCCACCAUUCCGGAAGGGAGAGCACGCAGAACACCUCAAGUUUAUUGACAGUAAGGGCAAGGCCAGAUGUUUAAAUGUAAUAAAUAAGCUGAUAGGGAAAGACCAGCCACUUCAACAUGGACAAGUCUUCUCUGCACAAGUAGAAAUACCCCAGGACGAGAUUUCAAUUUCCACUCUCCUCUACCGCUCCUCUUAUGAGAACCCCAAAACUGUUCAACAAUGGGAGGCGAUAUCCAAUACGAUGUCACAUCUUGGCUUCGUAAGACGGCCCUGCAAUGUUGCACAUUACGAGAUAAAGCUGGUUGUGGAAGACACUGACCUCGUGUUCAAAGUCAUCAACACGGGAACUGGAGAAUCACGGGAAAUGAUUGUGAAAUGAUAAUGUUAGUGCUAUGUGUAUACAAACAUAGAAAAAACAUCGGUAAAGGUAUACUUAAAUUAGGAUUAAAAAACAACAAUAAAAUUAAUUUUAUUUUCGGUCCAAUCAUUGUCAAAUAUCAAAAUAACAAAUAAUUGGUAACAACAAUAGUAAUAGAUAGAUAAUAAUUAAAGUCAUUUUAGCAACAUCAAGAUGAAGGAUUAACAUCGAAGCUCCUGAGAGUGGUCCUUCAAUUAUGGAAUGCCAUAACUUUCACAUCAAAGAUAUGAUACCUUGGACAUCAAGUCUAUGCACGUGGGCAUGGCUUUACUGUUUGUGUCGCCUGCGUCUUUAUCAGUGGAUAUCGUCUACGUCGUUGUUAUCAUAAUUUCGUAUCCGAUCAAUAGCUUUUGAAAGAUGAUGUGCAUAGUCUUCACACGUAUUCUAUAUGAAAAUAAACUGUGGUAUCUGCAGAAAGUGAGACACAUUGACGCUUUAAAUCAAAUGUACUUCUUACUUCUAACAUUAUUGAUGCAUGUAAUAACACCCAAAGAUGUAUGAUCAAUUAACUAAGUUAAUAGUUUUCGAAAGAAAGCUUGUUUUUAAAUCGAACCAUAAAAUCCAAGUAGGCUCGUCUAAAAUCAUACGCUUUGCGCAGUGUACAGGACUUUCAUUCAUUUGAUUCCUUUUGUUAUUCUAAGGAUUCUUAGGAUUCCUUAGUUAUUCCAUAUCAGUGUCCUAGCUGUUUUCAAUGAGUGGAAGUCUUCAAUUUGUUUAAUUUUAUUCUAGGCUUUGAGGACAUCAUUUAUGAAUGAAAUUUCUUUUGAAAUUUUGUUUUAUUUCUAUAAUUAAUGAUCUUCUUUUUAAGAACUAUUUUUCAAUAACUCUUGUUUUGUCGUCUAAAUAUCUUUGAACCCAGGCAGCUGUUAGAUGUUGUAUUCCACCGUUUUCAUUGAUUUGGUACAAUAUAUCUCUUUUUAUUUUGUCUGACUUCUUGUCCAAAAUAAGUUUGAAGAUAGCUUGUAUUAUGUUUUCAAAAUUAUUCUUGCUUGCUUGGAUUUGCAGUGAAAAGGUAGAUGAUUUUUGGUCACGCAUAUGUUUCCACUACCAGGGGCGUAGCUUGGCAUAAAUAAAUGUGUAUGCCCCGUUGUUCUAGGGGGGUCCGGGGGCAUGCCCCCCCCCCCCCCAAUUUUGAAAUCCUAUAUCGCCGCAGCUGUAUUUUGGGGCAUUUUUGUGGCAUAUUUUGUAGGAAAAAAAUCUUAUAAUUUUGCAGUUUUUGCCAAGCUGAAAAGUAUAUUCCAUACAUGUUCUAAAUUAGUUCAAACGUUCAUCAAAAAAGUAAAUUAACGAUAAUUGACUACGAUAGCAUAACUCAUUAAUGUUAGUUUUCUGUGUCCCCAUUGUUUUAGUAUUUAAUACAAUUAUUCUACUUCUUUAUGUAUAUAUGUGUCUUAUGUUUUCGUUUAUCUUUAUAUAAUGUCAUACUGUACAGUUGAGCAUUCUGAAGUCAAAAUCAAUGUUUUAUUAUUGCAAAAUUUCAUCUUUAUGUUUUUGAGCCUGUCAUUUCGUACCAACUCUAAUAAUCAUGGAUUUAUUUGUGUUGAGAUUUAGAUCAGAACAUUUUGAAAUUUAUUCAAAUGUAUGUAUGUAUGUAAACCGUCUCCGUGGCCAAAAGACGUUAAAAGUUGGUACACGAAGCUCCCUUGCCUUGCGCUCGGCAUUUAAAGGGAAGUGCUUGAAAAAGUGGUGUACUCAGUACUGGUUUAACCCAGGAAAGUUGUACCCCGUGUAUCAGUGCUUUACACCGAGCACGUAAGAGAACCAAGGGGACUCUUCGAAAAAGAGCUAGGGCAUAGCACCCGGACUUCCUUGUAUCCCAACACUAUCUCUUUAGAGUGCUGUCCCUUCAGCUAAAAUCAAAGGACCCCGUUGGAAAUAAGGUCUAAAGAAAUACAUACAUACAUUCCAAUGAAUUAAUCAAAGAUUUUUUCAUUAAAAUUCGUUACAUCAUCCUCGAAAAAUGGUUGUUUUAUAUCUGCAUUGCCCAUUUUAAUUCCCUUGAUAUCAGCGUUUUGUUUUAUAUAGCCUGAAAGACUGUGUAGGGACAAAUGAAGAAUAAAAUGGGAGAAAGUAGACGUCUUUGGCGUUCUCCUAAAAGUGUUUUUUUAACUCAAAAUUUGCAAAAUAUUUUGUUUUGAUUUCAUUAUUUCCACGUACAUUGCUUUUGACCUAUGAAGUUCGUCAAGUCACUGUAUGUUCUGUAUGAGUGCUUGUGUUAUAUCAAUAUAGGAGUUGGUGUGUAUGUAUCAACACUUUUAAUUUCUCUCUUUAGACUUUCCUCUUCUGUUUUAAGCAUUCUCUUUAAUGCCAUGCAUAUUUUAUUGUUGUGUUUGUUGUUUCCCACAAUGUAUUUGAAUUUGCAGAUUCAUUGAAAUGUUUUGUUUCUUGUAUUGAUUCCUUUAUAUAUUGAUUUCACUUAUAUUCCGCGUCUAAUAAAAAAAUAUAUUUAAAUUAAUUAAGUAUUCAGAACCUGUCGCUUUUUAAGUUGUUUAUCGUUAUUAAUACAAUUGAAUGAUUGCUUUUAUAUCCUGGUUGUAUCAUGCUGUUUAAUACUUAUUUUUUUUCGAUAUAAGGAAACAAUCUGAACGACAAUGUAUAUGCAGUUUUAAAUUUGAACCAGGUAUAUUGCGUUUUAGAAGGGUAAAGUAAUCGCUAUAUAUCAACUAAUACACAACAGUUCAUUAUACUACGUAUUUUAUCUCUACAUUUUUUAUGUGUGUGCGUUUUGCCGUUGGUGUUGUCCGGUGUGCAAUUUAGAAAAUUAAUAAAAUCUCCACCAACAAUAAACGUUUUAUCGUUAUUCUCCAACAAAUAUUUUUGUAGCACAUCAAAUAUAAUAGGUUCGCUUUGACAUUGUUGCACCAACCUAAUUGUCUGCUUUAUUUUCGUAAUUCUGAACACAUGACAAAAAUUCAAAUAAGUACAUGUUCUAUGCGAUGACGUGGAAUUCAGCAUUUUAAAUACUUUAACAUAUAGAAGCAUGACAUUUAGAAAUCGUUAUGCAUUUGCACCGAUAA